UCUGGAAUACAGGUGUAACGGUGGCUUUAAAAAUUUUUUCCGCAUGUCCUCUACUGAAUUUGAACAAUUGCUAAAUUUAAUCGGGCCAAAAAUUGCUGCGAAGGACACAAAUUUUAGGGAAGCAAUCCCUGCAAAAGUGCGUCUUGGUGUGACAUUACGAUUUUUGGCAACAGGGGAUUCAUAUCACUCCCUUAUGUACUUAUUUAACAUUUCAAAACAAACAAUUUCAAAAAUCAUUCCAAAAGUAUGUGAAGCUCUCAUUGAUGUACUUCAAGAUUAUAUAAAAAUGCCUCAGAAUGAGCAAGAGUGGAAUCUUGUAGCAAAAGAUUUCAACACCAAAUGGAAUUUCCCUAAUUGUGUAGGAGCAAUGGACGGAAAACAUAUAUCCAUACAGACACCACUAAAUAGCGGCACAGAAUUUUUUAACUACAAAGGAUUCUUUAGUAUAGUGCUUUUCGCAGUGGUUGACGCCAAUUACAAUUUUAUUUAUUGCGAUGUGGGAUGUCAGGGACGAAUUUCUGACGGCGGAGUAUUAAAAAAUACAUCAUUUAAUUCAUUACUGACCGAUUUAAAAAUGAAACUGCCUGCCGACUGUGUUCUCCCAGGAAGAACACGAAAAACACCGUUUGUAUUCGUAGGAGAUGAUGCUUUUCCGCUGAACCAAAGUAUAAUGAAACCAUAUCCAGGAGUUCAAGCAAAAUAUUCAAAAACCCGGAUUUUUAAUUAUCGUUUGAGUAGGGCACGGAGAAUUUCGGAAAACGUUUUCGGCAUACUGUCAUCCGUAUUCAGAGUUUUUCGAAAGCCGAUAAUGUUGCAACCAAAUACAGCAACUAAAGUUACAUUAGCAUCAGUUUAUUUACAUAAUUUUCUUAGAAAAAGUGGAUCAAAAAAUAUUUAUAAUCCUCCAGGAACAUUUGACAGCGAAUGUUCCGAGACUGGAAAUGUCAUUGCCGCUGCUUGGAGGGCAGAAUCACAAGGAUCAACAUUGACAAAUUUCACACAAAUAGGACGCAAAAGUUCAGCGGAAGCGCAGGAAGUGAGAGAGGAGUUUAAAGAAUACUUCUCAUCGGCAGAAGGAGCUGUACCGUGGCAGUACGAAAAGUCAUAA